UACGGACACCGUAGGAGAUCAUAUGAUCAGGCGCUCCUCCCCUCCGUUUGUUUUCGCGGAAGUAAAAAUUAUCAAUGUGGUAGCUAGCUAACUAACAUUUGUCUUUCCGACUGAAAAUUAUCUUUAGAAACAUAACACUAGUCAGAUAAAAUGUUGUUCCAGGAGAAUAUGACUAAUUGUGCUACUUUUCAAACCAAAUUAAGCUCAGUUAUGGAUGUGUUGGCCAAAACUGCGGUGGCAGAAAUAAGUAAAAUGUUCGAUGAUGGGUUUGCUGUUUUACGCUUGGAAAUGUGCAGAAGAGAAAAUGAAAUUGAAACCUUGAAAAGACAAUUAUUGUUUAUGGAGAACGAACGGCAAACGACGAGGUCCAAAACGCAAGAAGCAGGCUGUUCUUCUACAUGCUCGUCAUCUUCCAGCAGAACGGAGGAGGGACAGGGGUCCAAGGGGUCUGAUGAGGAUGCUAGUGAAAGGACUUCUUUUGAGCAGAACACCAGAGAGAAAAAUGACCAACUGGAUCGAAAUAGACCACAGCCACAUGCAGAAGAAGUAGAGGGGCUUGAUGAACAGUACAGGUCUGGCCACAGAGAGAAGGGUAGUGGACUAGAGUUAGUGAAGAGAGAGCAAGUGGAGGAGUAUGAUGUUAUUUCACUACAUUCAUCAGUAAGUGAACAUGGCACAGAGAGAUCAGAUCAUGAGGAAACUGAGUUUGCUGUGGAUGAGAGAGAGAGUCAGCUCUGGGAGUCUUUAACAGAGCGCAACUGUGACUCGGAGGGUCCAGAUUACCAUAAGUGCACAGAACAAUAUCCACUGGAUCAAGAUACAGACAUACAGCUCAUUCAAAGUGCAGUGGAGGGUCUCGAAAGCAUUCCAUCGUCCGAGAUGGGUGACAUUAACAGAGUUAUGAAAGAAGAGAUGCGAGCACAGUCUGUUUGGAAUGACAGAAGGACCCCUACAGAUUUGGAUCAGGCACAGCCAGGACAGCACAGAGAAACCAUGCACCCAGAGAGAACCCAGGAUGGGACAACUACCAGAGUGCCGUCAGACAAACAAACGCUAGCCAAUGAGGGUGCAGGAUAUUCAAAUGUUUGGCUAAACAGUGUAUUUUCGCUUGCCCCAAAUAGUUUUCACUCAGCAAAGGUAUCCCCAAGGAGAACCCCAGCAAGAGAGAAGUGGUUUGUUUGCUCCUUUUGUGGAAAGAGCUUUGACCGGUUUGGUCACCUGGAGAUGCAUCAGCGGAUUCAUACGGGAGAAAAACCGUACAGCUGUGUCACGUGCGGGAGGUGUUUCGCUCAGCAGAGUAAUCUCCGCACACACCAGCGAGUACACAGGGCCUCACAACAAAGCAAACUGUCUACUGAUCGUUAUCACCAUGACUAGACAAUUUAGAGCAUCCUGGAGAAACCAGAAGCCCAUCCCACACAUUAUGAAACACAACCUCAUUGACAAACAUUUUCUAAUGAGAAGACCAUCAAGACACUUGCAUAAAGCAGCAGUGUGUUACUUUUGUCUUCCCAUUCUAUAAAGUGAGAGCAGUGAGACCCUACCACAACUGUUGCACUAGUGGUGCUUAUAUACUGUAGUGAGGGAUCAGAGUUGCAGGUUUACAGCUUCCUGCUUGUAACCUUUUAAGGAAUGCUUAAGAGGAGGAUCUCCAUCAUCUUUAGGUUUUUGUAGAGCUAUGCCAGACUAACACUACAAUGGACAUGCUUUUGUCAAUGCAUACAUUUUUAUGAAUAAAUGUGAAUUCUCUCAAACUUU